ACACCGAUCAGCUGUUUACUGGCUUCCAAUUUGCGUCGUUUACAACAAAUUACAAAUCUUCCAAAUCGCGGGAAUCGGAGAUUGCGGCCAAUUAUGGAGUCGCCCACCUCGCACCUGGUGGCCAAAGAUUUCCAGGUGACUGGCGUUUCUCGCAGUGGACGCGUACGCAAAAAGUCUUCGAAACUGUUAGAUUUUGAAUCGCCGGAGGAGAUCGAGAAGCGUACAAGGCGCCAAAGUGGCGGAAGGCAACCGUCCAAGUAUUCGGGGCGUGGCAGGCCUUCGAAUGCUCUGCGGGAUCUGGAACCCGACCAGGAGAUGCUCUUCGAUGAGCCCAAUAUGUCGGAUGGCGAGGAAUUUCACCCGGAAACGCCAACAGCAGUGCCCAUCCUGAACUCAGACGACGAACUGGACAACCUGGUGCAGGAUCUCGUCGACGGCGUUCAAGCGGAAGCCACCAGCCAGGAGUCGCCCAUCCGCCAGAGCCUCUACAUGCGCGAGAAGGCCAACAAGAGGAAAGUCCUCAAAGACGGCAAGGUGGUCACCACCAAGGUGCAACGCAAGGACAAGGGCAAGCAGCGGUUUACCGCCUACAGCCUGUGGGCCAGGGAGGCACGCAAAAGAGACCUUCAGGAUAUGGACUACACCAGCGCCACCAGACGCCUCAGCGAGCUAUGGGCGAAUGUGUCUAAUCGGGACAAGAACACCUGGCGGCGCAAAGCCAAGAUCCAAGCGUCAAGGGCUAGUUCGCGGGACAGGGCCAGACCGAAUGGCACGCCCCAGACGACGAGCAAUGGCAGCACAGCACUGGCAUUGGAUCCCCCGCAGCACGAGACGAUCUUCCAGAAUCGAGCAACGACGAGUCGCACUCGUAAAUUGGCCGCCGAUCGCCAGCAAUCCUCUCUGGAAGCGGCGGCUGCGGCAGCGGCGGCGAGCAGCUCCUCCACCCCGAGACGCACCAUUAACACACGAAGUGGCAGGUCGCAGGCAUCCACGAGUGCGGCGAUAUUGCAAUCGCCAGAGGAUGCGGAUGUGGGCGGACGGACUGGAGGUCACCCAAAACAAGAUGAGCCCCACAAAACCAGCAUCGAGGUGAUCGAUGCGGCAGCUCACUUGAAACUCCUGGGCGAAAGUCUCACGGUGAUUGGCGAGCGUCUAAAGAAGCACAAUGGUCAUGUGGCUUUAUCAGGAAGCUUAUCCGUACUUCUUGACAGUUUGCUCUGCGCCAUGGGACCACUGCUCUGUAUGACCACCCAGAUACCCGGAUUGGAGAACAAAGUUCAGCUUAGCAAAAACCUAGCCGACACUCUAGAUAAUAUCGCCUACGUAAUGCCGGGAUUGUAAAGCAGGUUUCGGGAAAUCAAUAUAACCAUAUAUGUAUAACUAUACCAGGCAGCUGAGCUUCCAAAGGGGGCUAAAAACGCCUGCUUCCUGAUUUCAAGGUGUGCACCUCUUUCGAGCGCAAUAUAUAUUUGUAAAUUAAAAAUUAGCAGUCAAAAAUAAACCAUUUAUCCAUAAAUUAUCCUUAGUUUUAAGCUGAAGCAUCUCGAUUUUGAAUAAGUAAAACUAUCUAUGCCAGAUCUGAAGGUCUACUUCUAA